ACCGGGAGGAGAAGGAGCAGCGUUUUGAAAUGUGACAGUUACAUUUUAAGCCAUUCGGUGAGCAGCGAGCACGCGGCGGCAACGGUUCGGUGCGGCCAUUCGCUUUUCUUCGCUCCCGCGUUCGACGGUUUUCCAAAUUCUCGAUCCCGGUAGGCGACUCGGAGUGAAAAGUGCGGCUCGUUGGUAAGGAGAUGAAGUGCUGCUAGGCCUCUCGACGAGGUGUACGAGUUCGCGGAACACGCGGCAACCAAUCGGUUUCGGUUCGGGUGGUUCGAUCGUUCAAGUGCCCUGGCUGCUGGUGGCCCAUGCCAAGAUGCUCUCUGCUGCUGCCACCACCGUGGAUCGCGAAAGGCAUCGGCAGCAAGGACUCGUCGAGCGGUGUGAGUUAGAAUCGAAGUAGAGUAAGCAAAGGAAAGGUUGUAUAAAUGUGACGAAAUCCCGCAGCCUACUUGUGAAUUGGUGUAGUGUGCUUAAUAGAGAAAUAGAGAGCGCGAGAGUGUGACAACAGUGCAAGAACAGCUUGUAGUAACAACCAAAAAAGAAACAACCGCCAAAUAGUUAGCAGUCUACUGCAGUGUCCAGUGUGGCGCCGUAGCUGAAUGAUUCUUGAGGCUCCACCGCGAAUCCGAACCGAUCGUAUCCGAAACACGGAACACUGCAUGGUGCUGCUGCUGCUGCUGUUGAUCCAACGAUCCCCAUCACCGUAACAUCCUAGCAAGCGAGUGUUACGUCGACAAAGCAACCAAGGCAAGAAGGAGCUCCCCCGAGCCAGACACCGUCGACGGAAGUUCGUUGCCCAGCACUCUGUUAGCGCCCUGAUCUCGGCUAGAUGGCGAAGGGUGCCAAGAGAAAAACCAAGUGGGUCUCGCUGUCGCUGGACGGGGCCAACACAACCACCUCCUCGGGCGCACCCGGAUCGGACGGAGAGCAACCGCUGCACCACGUACACCGUCACAAAGCGCAUCACGGUAGCAGCAACAUCCAACAGAAGCAGAACGAACGCAAGGAUCCCGCGGUUGAACCCGCAACAGAGCAUUCUUCAAGCAUCAAAGCAACCGAACAGGAUCAUCAGAAUGGUAACCGGACGGACACGAGCGGCAGCGGUAGUGAUUCCGCCGUGGCCGGAUCAGAACGACGCUAUCCGACGUCGUACCACAAGCGUAGACCACCACCGUAUAAUGCCGAACGACGCACCAACAGUAGCUGGAGUGGUGGUGGUGGUGGUGGCAGCAAUCGAUCCCACUACGGUGGCUACUAUGGUGCAGGCCGCCGAUCGUACUAUGGCGAAGGGAGAAGAGGGCACCAGUCCGUGGUCGGGACGACCGGCAGCAAAACGACCACCACUAGCGACAGUGGUGGAGCACCCAAUACGAUUAACGAUGAUGAGUACACGAGAAUCACCACACCGCGACAGGAUGUUCUGUUCAAGAAGGGCUACCUAUCGCGUCCGAAACCUCAGACGACCACAACGACGACCACGACGACAGCGAUGACGGCGGACACUACCGCGUCCAGCUCGCUCGCCGGCACGACCAGUGAGGGCAGCGAUGGGGGAAACGGUGGCGGAAGCAACAGCAUUUCCACGACCGAAUCCAUCACCUCCGACUACGGUGGGUCGUUCGCGGCCGAUUCUUUCCCCAUUCCGUGUCUACCGUAUGGUUACUUCACGGAAAACGGGGUACUGGUGAUGAAUGGUUUCGCUGUGGACAAUAAUGGAUAUUCAUACUUUAACGGCGGUCAGACUUAUAUCUAUCCACCGAAUUUCACCAACUGCCAAGCACCAAACAGUGCCGAGGCGACAGUGCCAGAAGAGGCCGGGCUUGCGUGCUCCACCGGUGAAACGUUAUACGAUGGAACGGUGGCAGAGGAACAAGGAGUUGAUGCUCAGCCUGCGGUGUAUGGCGAGGAUGGAACCACCGAGUGUACUGCUGCUUCCGCGAACGCUGUGAUGCCGGAUUCCUCAACCAUGCACCCGAUCGAAGAAGGAACUUCAGAUCAACCGGAGCCAAGCGUUGUGGAUGGUUUUCUAGUUUCGCAACCCGGUACCGGUGCCACCAUCAAUGACGAUGGUUCAUUCGAAGGAUCCGAUUUGGAGGCGAAUGGUUUCUAUCAGUUCAAUGAUAGCUACGAUAUGGCACAGUUUUAUAGUUCGGUUUGCUACCCCCAGUGGUGCAUGGGACACUAUGGGCUCUGUGAAGAUGGUACUCCGCUGCAAGCGACCGAGUAUGUGAUGCCCAACGGGGAGGUCUAUACGCACCAGACGAGCUUCAAGAAGCGCAAGAAACGUUUCCGUCACCAGGAUGAGGUGCAGCAGGAUGAAAGUGGGACCGCCGUUGAGAGCGUAGCCACACCUGUUCCACUAAUGUUCACCAGUGUCCCAGUACAGGGAGGUUUUGUUCCUAGUUCCACCACAACCACCACCGUUCCUGUUCAGCUAAAUCACCAGCUGAAUGCUGACGUAGAAGAGUUUCUUCCUUCCGUGGUGACUCCAGCGGCCACC